AUGUUCGUUGCCAGAUUUCUUAUUUGGAUUUAAAUUCCCCUUUUUUAAUUCCUUAUUUUCCAUACAUUUCUCUCCAAAGAAAUCUGAUUUUCAUUAAUAUCAGCAGCCAUGAUUUCUUCCAGCAAGAUCAAAUCCGUCGAUUUCUACAGGAAAAUCCCUAGAGAUUUGACAGAGGCAUCGUUGUACGGUGCAGGCUUAUCCAUUAUAGCAGCAGUUGCUAUGGUAUUUUUAUUUGGAAUGGAACUGAGUGAUUAUUUAGCAGUCAGUACCACUACAUCUAUUGUUGUUGACAAUAGUUCUGAUGGGGACUUUUUACGUAUUGAUUUCAACAUCAGUUUUCCAGCGCUCUCAUGUGAAUUCGCAUCCGUUGACGUGAGUGACGUCUUGGGAACUAACAGGUUGAAUAUAACAAAAACAAUCCGGAAGUUUUCAAUAGAUCCACAAUUAAGACCCACUGGUGCUGAGUUUCAUCCUGAACCUGUUCCUCAUUCCAUUAAGCAUGGAGAUGAAGCUGAUGAAGAACCUGUUGAGGGUGCCGUACCAUUAAAUAGCAGUAACUUUGACAAAUUUUCACAUCAGUAUCCAGUUUUAGUCGUUAAUUUUUAUGCUCCUUGGUGCUUCUGGAGUACUCGCCUGAGCUCGCCAUGGGAGAAAACUGCCAAUAUAAUAAAAGAGAGAUAUGAUCCAGAAAGUGAUGGACGUAUUCUUUUGGCAAAGGUUGAUUGCAGUGUAGAAGUUGACUUGUGUAGUAGUCAUCACAUCCAAGGGUAUCCAUCCAUUCGUAUUUUUCGUAAAGGCAGCGAUGUGAGGGAAUCCCAUGGGCACCACGAACACGAAUCUUAUUAUGGAGAUCGUGAUACAGAAACCCUGGUUAAGAUGAUGGAAGAAUUGGCCACUUCUAUUCCGCAGGAGAACCAGAAGCUGGCUUUAGAGGAUAAAUCCAGUGUUACAAAACGACCAGCACCAUUGACGGGAGGAUGCAGAAUUGAAGGAUACGUGCGUGCAAAGAAGGUUCCUGGCAACCUUAUCAUCUCCGCUCGUUCAGGAGCCCAUUCUUUUGAUGCUUCUCGAAUGAACAUGUCUCAUGUCAUACGCCAUCUUUCUUUCGGUAAAACAGUUUCACCUCAGGUAUUAAGUGAUGUCAAGCGACUCAUACCUUUUCUUGGUAGAAGCCAUGACAAGUUGAAUGAUCAAUCGUUCAUUAAUCACCGAGAUGUAGAUGCCAAUGUCACUAUAGAGCAUUACCUUCAAGUAGUAAAAACAGAGGUGGUUACAAAAAAAUCUUCUCGCGACCAGAGAAUUGUCGAGCAAUACGAGUACACGGCGCACAGCAGUCUGGCACAGAGCCUGCACAUACCUGUUGCAAAAGUUCAUUUCGAGUUAUCUCCUAUGCAGGUUUUGAUAACAGAAGAUUCAAAAUCAUUUUCACAUUUUAUCACCAAUGUCUGCGCUAUAAUCGGAGGUGUUUUCACGGUUGCUGGGAUUUUGGAUUCUGUUUUUCAUAAUACAAUUAGGCUGGUGAGAAAAACAGAAUUAGGCAAACAUUUUUGAUAGACAGGCAAAAACGAAUUUGUUAUUCUGUAGAGUUCUAAUUAGUGAAGAUUUUCCCCAAGGAACACAACUCUAAAUGUAGCCCUUUUGCAUAUAAAAUGAAAGCCCCAUCAUUUUAUUUCUCAUUUUCUAGUUGCUAUAGCAGGAAAAUAUGUUAUUUGGAUUUUU